GUCACCUCCCCCUGGCUCUGCGCCACCGCCGCCGUCACCGCCAUGGCGGCCCAAGGGACAGCGGGGACCGCGACAGAGCCACCCCCGGUGCCACCCCCGGUGUCACCCGGGCCACCCGCGGUGUCCCCGCCGGUGUCGCCGUUCGUGCCACCCCUGGAGUGCGGCGGUGACGACGCUCAGGCCAUGGGCCGGGAGCCGCUGCCCCUCCUGCGCCAGAUUUUGGCCGCCUGCGCUUUUCCCGAACUUUUGGAAUCUCCGGCCCUGCCCGAGGCCGCGCGGGACCGAGCCCGGAGGAUCCUGCGGGAAAUGGAUGCCGGGAAUAUCGGUGGAUACAACCACGAGCAUCGAUCCCACGGGGUCCCCACCAAGAUUUCCCGCUUCCUGGAAUUCCGGGAUGGGAUCCCCUGCGACCCCAAAAACAUCGUCCUGUGCAGCGGGACCUCAACGGUGAUCCCAUUCCUGCUCUCCCUGUUCGUGUCCCCGUCCCGGUCUCUCCCCCCCGGGGUUCUGGUCCCGGUUCCGGGCCCCGCUCGCUGUUCGGAGCUCUCGGUUCUGGCCGGGGCGGUUCCGGUGCCGGUGCCGCUGGACGAGUCCCGGGGCUGGGCCUGGAACGUUCCGGAGCUGCGCCGGAGGAUCCGGGAGAGCCGGAGCCGCUGCGAGCCCCGCGUGCUGUGGGUGCUGAACCCCGGCGACCCCACGGGUCAUGUUUUAAGCCAGGCUCAGAUGCAGGAGCUGCUCGAGGUCGCGUUCGAGGAGUCGCUGCUGCUGCUCGCGGACGAGGUGCACCAGGAUCUCUGUUUCAGCUCCGAGUUCCCGUUCGUUCCCUUCCGCCGAGCGCUGGCCCGGCUGGGGCCGCCGGUGGCCACCGAGCUCCAGCUGGGCUCCCUCUGGUCCCUGUCCCACAGCGCGGCCGCCGAGAGCGGGUUCCGUGCCGGAUUCCUGGAGCUGCUGAACGUGGAUCCCGCGCUCCUGGCCCCGUUCCAGCUGGCCCAGUCCCUGCCCCGGCCCUGCGUCCCCGGGCGGAUCCUGCUGGAGCUGAUCCUGGAGCCGCCCGACGAGCGGGAUCCCCUCAGCAGGGAGCUGGAAAAGCACCGUCAGGAUCUCCGUUCUCUCCUGGCCUCCAACGCCCGCCGGGUGCUGCAGGUUCUCGGCCGCGCCCCCGGGAUCCGGUGCCACCCCCCGGCCGCGGGUCCCCGAGUGUUCCCAAAGUUCGAGAUCCCGCCCCGAGCCCGGAGCCAGGCCCGGGCUGUCUCUGCUGCUGCCGCCGCCGGUGCUGGAACGAGCCCUGGAGCUCCUGCGGCGCUGCCACGCGGAAUUCCUGCGGGAAUUCUCCUGAACCCCGAAUUCCUGGGAAUUCUGAACUCCAAAAUCCUGUGGGAAUUCUCAGGAAGAGGCUCCAGAUCUUCAGGAUUUGGGAAAAAUUCCCAAAAAAAUCUCACCCGGAAGUUCCCGGCUCCGUACGCGGGAUGACGCCGCAGAAAAAUUUGGGAAUUCCAACAGAGGGAUUGGAAAAAAUUAGGGAAAAAUUUGGAUUUUGGGAAUUUGG